AUGGCUCACUCGUCUGCUGAGGAUCUGAUAGCAUAUCGGAUAAGUGAAAGUGCAGGUCCGAGUAGAUCAUCUUCCUCACUCAACUUGUAUCCUCCGAACAAUGCUUCAAAGCCUUCGUCUAGGAAAAGUUCAAGGAGGGGAUCAAAAGAUCAAGAGAUGGUAGCACAAGGAACAGAAGAUAUAGAACUUGGUCAAAGAGGGGAUAUAUUAUUCAAAGUACCCGAUGAAGAUCAAGAUCAAGAUGAACAAAGUGCAAGUGCACCUUUACUACCUUUAUCGCGGCGAGAAGAUAUCUCCGAAGAGGAACAUGAGCUGUUACUGGCAGAAGGUCCAAAUAGUGCUUCUAGAGGAACCUUGAUGGACGCUAUAACAAAUAUGUCAAACUCGAUAAUAGGUGCCGGUAUUAUAGGACUACCAUACGCAGUAUCACAGGCUGGUUUCUUUACCGGCAUCUUUCUGCUAGUAGCUCUAGCAGCCGUAUCAGAUUGGACGAUCAGAUUAGUAAUCUUGACCAGUAAAUUAAGUGGGAGGGAUUCGUAUACGGAAACAAUGUACCACUGCUUUGGACCUGCGGGCGCAGCUGCUGUAUCUUUCUUUCAAUUCGCAUUCGCGUUCGGAGGAACCGCUGCUUUUCACGUUAUAAUAGGCGACACUAUUCCGCGCGUGAUAUCAUUCAUCUUUCCUUCUCUUGCUCAGCAUGCUGUAUUACGGUUAUUGGUAGAUAGGAGAGUGGUAAUAUUGUUGUGUACAUUGGCGGUAUCGUUUCCUCUCAGUUUACACAGAGACAUUGUCAAGCUUUCAAAGAGCUCUUCGUUUGCCCUUGUCUCAAUGACGAUUAUCGUUCUUUCUGUGCUUUUCCGUUCAGUAGCUGUUGAUCCAUCAUUACGAGGAUCCUCCUUGGACACUUUCACAUUGAUCAAACCAGGAGUCUUCCAAGCUAUUGGUGUGAUAUCAUUUGCCUACGCGUGUCAUCACAACUCCAAUUAUAUCUAUAAAAGUAUACACGUGCCAACGCUUGACAGAUUCUACGUCGUCACACAUAUAUCGACUGGAGUAAGUCUGGUAGCUUGUCUAUUAGUGGCUGUAUCGGGAUAUGUAGUCUUCACUGAUAAGACAGAGGGGAAUAUCUUGAAUAACUUUUCUUCGGAUGAUUGGGUUAUCAAUAUCGCUCGAUUCUGCUUUGGAGCGAAUAUGUCAACUACGAUCCCUCUGGAAGUGUAUGUGUGUAGAGAAGUGGUUGAAGAGUACUUUUUCAAGAACAAACCAUUUAGUCAGAAUAGACAUGUUAUCAUCACUAGUCUGGUUGUGUUUACCACUAUGGGAAUCGCUUUGACAACAUGUGAUUUAGGUAUAGUAUUAGAAUUGGCAGGUGGAUUAUCAGCUUCAGCAUUAGCAUUUAUUUUCCCUGCAUCAGCAUAUUUCGUUCUAACUUCUGGUAAAUGGUAUUCCAAAUCAAGAUUACCAGCCGGGUUAGUAGCUUCUUUCGGUUGUAUAGUAUUGUUAUUAUCUUGUGGACAUACUUUAUGGAAUGCUUGGAAUGGUGAAGGGAAUACAAAGUUUACCCUUUUGGAGAUCAGAUUGUUAUCAACAAGAACAGUAGCGGAAUCAAACGAUCCUACUACUACUAUCAAUGAUAACGACAUUAUAACGACACCACCUGCGCCUAUAGCUCAACCGACCAUCCCACCACCACCACCACCACCACCACCACCUCCUCCUCCUCCGUCAACAGACGAUAGACCUUACAAACCCGUUAUAGGGUCAGAAGCGAAUUCAUGGGAUUGUGGAGGAUUUAGUGAUAUGUGUAGAUGUUGCGAUGGUGCAGGGAGAGGAGGUGCUUGUGAAGGAUGUAUGUGUUCUGGGUGA